AUUUCGCGUCUGGUUAUCGGUCGAGUUGGACGUUAGCAUCUCCUCAUCUCAGCGCGUCGCGACGUAAAAUUGCUGACGACGCAAUUUGUGCGCGUUUAUCGACGGCGUGUCGUUUAGUGACUAUUUGGCCCCCACUGUUGAGCAUUUAAUCCCUGAACAAAGCUGAAUCCAUUCGAUUGCAAAUUUCAUGCCCAUCGUCGGCUGCAAACUGAUGUGAACUUUGCACUCUCAACUUCAGGACUUUAAUACCGAUUGUGUUGUGUGCGGUCCAUGCAUUGGUGAAGUGAAGUUCAUUCAUGUGGAAUAGCCUGUGAGGAUUAAUGAGGAGCAAGGAAAGCAAUAGUUUUUGAGAGUGGAUUGAAAGGCUACCAUCUGAGUGACCACAUGGGACACUUCUGAGUGAUAGCCUCAAUUUGAGAUUGGAGAUAAUCGAAAUGACAGACAGUCGAUUCAGCUCGCCAGCGCGGAGCAUCGGUGAGACCUGCUCCCUGGGGGCGGCUGACUCCGAAAAUGACGAGAUUUUCGAGUUGACCAUAGUGGAGGGCACGCCGCCUUCCCCCGACCUCACACUCAUUGACGGCGGUCUCAAAUUCAGGGACUUCAAGAGGUGGAAACCGAGAUGGGGCGUCCUCACAAAGCUCUCUCCAGCAGCAGAUUGUGUUCAUCUUCAGCUGUACAGAGAUAGCAGAGACCGUUACAAGCAGGGGCAGACGAAAGCAUCUCUUUCUCUUCAGCACUUUUUGGCCCUUGAAACAGGAUUCACUCUAGACAAGGAGUCAAAUACAAUGGCAAUAAUUUGUCAAGAUGUGACAGUUGUAUUGGCAUUUGAUACCAGGGAAAGACUUAUCCAGUGGCAAGUGAAGAUCGCCAACAAUUUGGGAGAAGAUCAACAGUUCCUGAUUCAGAUAGUUUCGGCGCCACCGCGAGCGAAAAUCGCUACAGGACCUGCACGGAUGCAUGUACAGGAGCACAGGUUCUGUUUGACUACAGGAUUUCCGCCACGUCUGAUAGGAUGUUGGGAGAUAUCACAGUUGAGGCGGUACGGAGCAGUGGAGAAGCGGUUCUGCUUCGAAGGCGGGUCGCGGUGCGGGAGAGGGGAGGGAGUCUACGUGCUAGCCACUGAUCAGAGUGAAGAGAUCUCGCGCACCCUCGAAGUGGCCGCCCAAGGCAAGCUAGCAACCCGUCGAAGACCCGUCACCAGGAACUUAUCAGUAAUGGAAAGUCCUCGCCGUCAGCUGCACAGUCGAGCCGAGUCGGACCAGGAGAGUUGUGUGUGCUCGUUCCCGUCCGGGUGGACUCCAUCCGACUCCCUGCCCUGGCCGUCCUCGGAGACAACCACCGACGUGUCAGACUUUGGAGACGCCAUUUCCAUGGAGUAUGCCGAUUCUCAUAGUCAGAGUUGGCAGUCGGAAAGAGGAAUGGGGAGAUGUGUCAGCUGCAUUAGUAAAUUGGGAGCUCCACUGUCAAGGUCAUCUACAGCAAAUACACCAGGUGAAUGCAGAAUUGCCCCAAGUGGUCCAUCAAGUUUUGGUUCAUUUCCGUCCUGUGAGUCGACCACAUCAACUGAAUACAGUACACCAAGAGGAAAGUCAAUGACGGAUUCAUGGAUGAUGCACUCACACACGCACAGACACUCGUCGUCGACGCCGAUUCCCGCUGACGAUGCAAAAGGUCGCGCGUUCUCUCCGCCGGCCCGACCGCCCAAGCCGGGACAUCUGCCUUUGUCGGCCUUCCAGCCGCCGGUGGCCAAGCGGGGGGGCUUCCAGGCUUCCCCUGUGCCGUUCGCAUGCCCCUGUCAGCACAACGCCUACAACAACUAUGAUGUACCGAGGUCGAUUGUCUCCAUCAAGGAAGACCCUAGGACUCCCACUACCUAUCAACCGCCUGGAGAGUAUUACGACACUCCUAGAAGUUUGAGAGACAGUCUCCAGCGACCCUCAUCCGGUCUAUGUCAUACUCCUAUCUCUCAUUGCUGUCAAAGGCAAGUGCAGCCUCGUGCGAAUAUGAUGUGUCUUUGCCAGAGGAUAGUCUGCUGCCGUGAGAGCUGGAUGAUACCCUAUAACCGAUGCUGUUCUCCCGACGCUUCUGAAAUGACUAUCCAAAAAGCAAGACUGAGCGGCACAGGUAAAAUGCCCGUAAACUCAAACGGCAAUCUAGCUAUUUACGCGACUGUCGAUAAACUCAAAAGGCUGAACUGUAAAGAUAAUGAUAGUGCAAAUGUACAUCAAGUCCAGGGUGAAGAAAUCAAGAGUGCGGAGAUCAUAAAACAGGAAUCUCCUCACUUAGCAGAGCCAUCUGCAAAUUACGUGAAUGUUGAACCGCUUGUGCAAACAUCCGAGUUGGAAAAAUCAAAAGUGUCAAAAACAAUUGAAAAAGCAUCCAGUGACAGUCAAUGCACAAACGCGAACAACGUUAAUUACAUGAAUUUGGAUUUUGCUCAAUCGUUGCAGUAUUAUGAGAACGCCAAAGAUCUACGCCGUAAAGCUGGUUUAGACAGCAUUGAAGCAUUGGACAGUUUACCGGAAAACAACCAUAGUCUCUGUACCAAAUGCGGUCAUUCCUCACAAGCUAACAAUUUGAAUACAUCAGGUGAAGACUAUUUACUCAUGGUACCUGCUUCCAGUCUCCAUAGUACACCUCCAGUAUCUGAGUCUGGCUGUAGUAACAGCCCGUUAAAAUCGUCAGAAACUGUAUUCAAUCCUGUGCGCGAAUACAAAGAGACUGCAUGGCUACCAGAGAAGUCCUCUAGUGUUCCCAGUCUGGCUGAAACGAAGCAGGGAGGUAUCCAGAAGCGGGAAGCUGAGUUCCCGAGGGUCACCACUGAUAAUUUGAGUAGUAGAGUAUGUCAUUCACAAUCAGCCGCUUCCAGCCCUUAUCUGAGACGACACAAGAUGUCUUACUGUCAAGAAGAUUUGAGGCUGAGGCGAGCUACAUCUGUGGAGUCGUCUAGGAACUCUGAGGACAGCGAGAAUUUCAAGUCGAUCAUAUCGAGACAAUCGGUGUGCAACAGUGAGUUAUCAGUGAAAAGUGUUUCGGAAGCCAAAAAUAUCGAGCUGCAAAUUGUUGAGGAUGAAACAGACAGGUCUACGAAGACUGAGAAGACUGAUAUGAGUUGCAGUCAGCAGGAUAACAACUCAGAGAGCACAGACACCAGUGACAGUCUCAGCUCGGUGGUCAACAUCAGGAGGUCGUCCAGCGUGCCUUGCAAGUCGGUCAAUCGAGAUUCUUCGAGCUCAAACGAUUCGGGUGUCUCAACCGGAUCGUUGAAUCAGCGGGGAACUGAUUUUGCCGAGUUCGAACUGCCUGUGACGGGGAGACGGCAUCAUCUGAGGCCUGUCAACAGCCCUUGUCUGCACAGCUCACUCCCUCGCAAAUCCAAGUCUUCUGAUCCUCUCCAGGAGCUUACGUUUCAAUUUCAGAAGGAUAUCACCCCGAAAUCGUCUUCUGCCGAAGCUGAGGUGCCUGUUUGUUCAGUGAAGAGGAAUAUUCUGAAAGGAUGCACUAGUCCAGACAGACCAAUGGGAAUCGUUGACACUCACAGUACAAGCAGUGGAACGUCGGAUAUGUCUGAUUACUGCGAGACCCUCUCACUCUCGUCCUAUUGCUCCGAUACGUCCGAGUUCUUGAGAUUCAGCCAUCAAGCAGUCACUACAUUGAGACCUCGUUCGGGGAAGGAGUACCAGAAAAUAGAUAGAUCAAUCUUGGAGAGUGACAUAAAGAAAGCUGUACAGCAGACUUCGGUUGAGAUUCAUGCAAGCCAAGGUCUGAGUCCCAGGACUUGAAAGGUUCCUUCAAUUUAUGCAGAAGUAGAAAGAUAUGAAUAAUGCUGGACUUCUGACGCUUCAAGUAUAUAGGCCUAUCAGUAAAACUACCUCUACAAUUUCCUGGGAAAGAGGGAUUUGCAUAGCCGAGGCGCAUACUGUCUUCUUCGUUCUUCUUAAUUCAAGAAAGAUAGAAAAAUCAAGAAAGAUAACUCUGUGAACAAAUGUACAACUGAUAGAGGAAGUUCCGUUUUCCUACGUGUUUAGAGAUGUAUAAUAUCAGAUUAUUAAUCCAAGUUUAAUGGAAAUGUAUUAUUCACUGUAAAUAAUCACGAAUAUGUACUCAAUUAUAAAAUUACCAACUCAGAACUAGUCAAGAGAUAUUUAAUUGAUAUGGAUUGAAGAGAAAUUAUAAUCUUGCUUUCAUAUUUUCUUAGAAUAGUAUAGUUUUAAUACUAAUACUUUAUUGUGCUGUGCGAUUUGUCGAUUACAUAGAAUAUAUAUUACAUUGUAUAUUUGUCGAAUGUUCAAUCAGUUUAAUACUACAUUUUAAAUCGCUUGAGUUUCUGAACACUAUAAUUAUGAUAAUGGCAUGAUUGGCCGAAACCAGUCGUUUAUUCAAAAGAGAAUGAAGGAUGAUAGUAAUUCUACAAAAAAAAAACAAAUCGAUUUAAACUAUUAGUCAACAGCUUACCUUGAUUUACUUUAUUCAAUAUAUUAUUUCUAUUGUUUUGGAAUAUUAGACUUUCUUUAUUGUUUCAACUUCCAUUGUACAAUCAAGAAUUACAGUGUACACUGUAGGCUACAUCUAACAUCCUCCACGCAUUCCAUGCAUCUGGAGGACACCAUCGCCAUGAACAAGUUAAAUGGUGCUGUUGUCUCUCAGGGCCUUUUGAAUCCAUGGUUCUUCUAUCAUGACCUACAUAAACUACAUGAAUGGUGUCGUAGUUUUAUAAUCAUUACUCUUACUAUGAAAAGCCAAGACUGCAAGCCGGCAGCUCCAACAUGAACCAAUUUUCAAUUGGUAAGGCUAAGCCCGUUUUUCAUUUAUUACAUUCAUUAGGCCCAUAUAUGACUAUGUGUUUUUAUCAUUGAUGAAUAAAUAAGUGUUCAAACUCUUCAAUCUGGAUUUCACUAUCAUCCACUCAGUAUUCUUGUGUAAAUUUUCCUCAUCUGUCAAGUAGGUACAUAAUUAAUGAUUAAUAUUUAUCGUAUUCUUUUAUUCCACAGACACGAAUUUAUUCAAGUUAAAUUUCAACAAAUCAACUACAUCAUAUUUAACACUCAUUUGAAAUGAAAAAUUGCUCUAUCGCUUCAACAUUUUUGUCCCUCGUAUGGAAUCCAAAUUCAUUUUUUUUAGUGAGAAGGUGGUCACGUGAUACAUUAUUUCGAUACAGAGUUCUAAAAGAAAUGAAUGGCAAAAACCGCUCAUUGAUAUCUCAACCCAUAUAAGUUUUUUGAUGUAAAAGUUGUAAAUUAUGAACCAGCUGAAAUCAUGUUUCAGCGUUUGAAGGUCUGUCUGUGUGAAACACUUUUUCACAAGGAGGAGAGCAGAGUCUCGACGUCAUGGAUAAUUAUAUCGAUAUGUGACUUUACUAUAAAAGAUAAGCUACUUUAAAUUAACAUGAUUUUAAGCUCUUUAAUUUUAAUAUCAGAAAUUCAUAACAGUUGCUCUGCCAACUAGGCUACUAAACCACGGAGUACAUACAGUAUUCUGUCUCUGUGACUAAACUAUCGAUUCUAAUCUAAGCUAUGGAUAUUGAUAUAUGUAUCCAUGACGUCAUACUUAUCAUGACGGCGAGACUCUGCUCUCCUCCUUGUGAAAAAGUGCUCACCGAUAGCUUUCAAAUAGCCUCAGCUGAUAGACUAUUAUGAAUAAAUAAAUGGAAAAACUUUUGUAUUUUCAUGCAAUGAAUUCUUCAGCUGACUAAACGAUAAAUCAAAACAAUUUUUAUGCACUUUCAAUGUUUUUUGUUGUAAUACCUGAAAAAAGAUGAAGGAGUGAGUCAAUUUUGUUGUCCAACGAACUUGACUUUUAAAUAGGUUUGAAGAAUACGUGUUCAAAAUUUGAAGCUGAUUUAUCAAUCAUUUUUGAAGUUAUUGUAGAACAUACAAGGAGACGGAGAACGACUGCGUGGCUUUCAGUAAGUCAAAAGUGAGAACUCGUUUAUGCUCGUUUAAUUAAUAUUAUAGGCUAUGACGUCUACACCCCUUUUGAGUAAUAAAAUUAUUAUGAAGCCAAAGCUCGAAUCGCAAGGUGCAAUUCCUUAAACUUUGUCAAGUUUAGGUACAUGAGUUCAAGUUUUUCUAGAGUUGAAGUUGAAUGGGCAAUUUUGAAAACUAUAGUGAGGUCCACGUUAUAAUGACACGUUGUUUGAUCAACUUUGGUUUUGAUAUCCUUGUCUAUCAUUCGACAAAGCCGGUGGUACUAUCCAUUUCUAGGUCCACAACGAUGCCAAUUAUGUUUUUGGCAGUGUAGAAAUAUAAUUAAUUCAGAGAAUCGGCAUCGCUAUUUUUCUAUCUUUAUCCACUGUCAUUAUAACGUAGACCUUACUAUAGUAGUCAAGUCUACUUGAAUUCGUUUUCAUAACCUCAAAAGUAAAAUAAUUAUAUGAAGUAAAAAAUCUAAUUCAUUUCAAAGUUUUCUUCUCCAUAGAUAUUUUUUUGAAUUAUUUUUUUAUUGGUAGUUGGUUUUAUACAUUCCACAUUGACUACAACUGUUUUUAUCCUAUUUCCACGUUUGUAGGUUACUGCACCUUCAAGAUUCAACUUGAAUCCUAAAGUCAAACAUGUUCAACAUCUACAAAGCUUGAAGAAGGAUAUACAUUGGUAUUGUGGAUUCAUGUUUGUUCUUGUAAACUUGACUUCAAGUUUGCGAAAUACGGUACACUAUUAUUUCAUACAAAACUUGAAUCCAAAUAAACUUAGCUAAUGUAUACGACCCUUUAGCGCGACGCUAGAGCCAACGCGGCUGCUGGAGUGCAUAACCUAUAAAUUCAUUAGAUUCGAUGAUUCGUAAGAUAUUAAUCUGUAAAAGCAAUAAUAGAAGCCAGCACUUAUAGUUCUUCUGCCGGCAUAAAGUUCAUACAACAUAAAAAUUCAAUGGAUCAUUGAAUGUAAUGAAUUUAUAGGUCGUUUGCUCUAGCCGCAGUGGCUCUUGCCGUUGAGUCGUUGCUUUGGUAUAAUUAUUGCAACUUGAGAAUAUGAGAAAUCAUACUAUAGCUGUUAGUAGUCUAUUGAGUCUGGACAAACAGUGUGAGGGAGAGAGAAAAUCAUGAAUAGGCUAAUGAAAUAUUAGAAUCACAAACUUUUAUUCAAGAUUUGAGUAUACCUGCAGUAAUAAUUCAUAAUUAUUAUUUAUUUGUAUAAUUGAUAAAUUUCAACAUGGACAUAUGAAAUAAUUUAUUAUGAUUAUUUCUUUGUAUAAUUGAUAAAUAUGAAUAGACAGAAUAAUUGAAAAAAUAUGAUCUAUUGAUAAAAAUUCUAGUAGGUACAACUGUAACACAGUUGACCUAGUAUGAGUAUUCUAAAAUAUUGAAUUUUAUAAUCCUGAUGUGUAUUAUAAUACAAAUUAGCCUAUAGUUACAUCUGUAAAAGCUUACUCAGAUUCAACUUAUCAUCUUGGAAUAUCAACUGUGGUGCCUAAUACUGUCUAGUCUUGAUCAUUUUGUAUCUAAUGUAGGGGUGGACUUUGUAAACAUUUUGAACUAAGCUGUAAUAAAAUUGUGAAUUGAUAA